AUGUCUGUGCAGCCAUCCAUUUCAUCAGUAUCAUUUGAACAACAUGCCACAGGACUAGGGAUCGGCAUCUCCAGUCCGCGUGUGUCUUGGAAGUUUGCGGUACCCAAUGGAACAAUCAAAAAUUGGAAACAGACAGCAUAUGACCUUGAGAUUCGCCGGGGUUCAAACUCAGAGCUUUACAAUGUUACGACAUCAGAUUCGGUGCUUGUACCUUGGCCUAGCAAACCUCUCCAGUCCCGAGAAAUAGCUCACGUUCGAGUUCGCUCAUACGGCGGUCCAACUAGCGAGCCAACGGAAUGGUCUGCCUGGUCAACUGUUGAACGCGGUCUACUCAAUCCACAAGACUGGACUGCGCGCGCAAUCAAAGCCCCAGUGAAGCAGCCCGAGGGUCCCUUGCGGCCAAUUCGUUUUCGAAAGACAUUCAAGAUCCCUUCAUCCUCGUUGCAGUCAGCUCGCCUCUACAUCACCAGUCUGGGGGUGUUUCAAGCCUACAUUAAUGGGGUCCCUGUUGGUGAUCAUUGUAUGGCACCUGGGUGGACGAGCUACCAUCAUCGACUGAACUAUGAAGUCUUCGACGUGGUAUCUUUGUUACGAGCGGAUGAUGAUAAUGUCAUAGCUGUGGAGGUUGCUGAAGGAUGGUGGGCCACCAGAUUGGGAUUCUUAGGUGGCAAGCGGUUCAAUUAUGGAGAUGAGAUGGCCUUGAUUGCCCAAUUGGAGAUUACCUCUGAAGACCAAGAGCCAGUGACUGUGGUCACGGAUGCUUCUUGGAAGACUCAUCCUUCUGCACUUAUCACCAGUGAAAUCUACGAUGGAGAAGUAUUUGAUGCCCGCGAUGAGCAAGAAGGUUGGACUAGCCAGUUCUUUCCUCAUGAAGGGUCUUGGAAUGCUGUGAAAGAGACAGAGUUCCCGAAAACAGAUCUUGUGGCACCUAAUGCACCCCCUGUGAGAGUCACAGAAGUCCUCAAGCCGAAGGAGAUCAUCAAAACACCCUCAGGCAAGACAAUCAUAGACUUCGGCCAGAACCUUGUCGGCCGAGUUCGCAUUCCCUCAAUUAUCAAACCCAGCGGCCAUAUUGUGACUCUGGUUCAUGCCGAAGUCCUCGAAAAUCAAGAACUGGGGACUCGUCCUCUCCGCAUUGCAAAAUGUACGGAUACGAUUAUUUCUGCUGGAGACGAAAUCCGUGAUUGGGCACCACGUUUCACGUUUCACGGUUUUCGUUAUGUCCAAAUCGAUGGCUUAGAGCAGUCCACACUCGACAGUCUCGUCGCCGAGGUCAUGCACACAGAUUUAACCCGAACAGGGUGGUUUAACUGUUCUCACGAGAUGGUCAACAAGCUCCACCAGAACGCCACCUGGAGUAUGCGUGGCAAUUUUCUCUCAAUCCCUACAGAUUGUCCCCAACGAGAUGAGCGUCUGGGCUGGACGGGCGAUAUCCAAGUCUUCGGGCCCUCAGCUAGCUUCCUCUACAACACUGCCGGUAUGCUAGGUGAUUGGCUCAAAGACCUUGCAGCUGAACAACUCGUCCACGACCACGGUAUUCCACCAUUCACAGUUCCAAAUAUCAUCCCCGAGGCUCUCUGGCCUACAUUCCCACAAGCCGUCUGGGACGAUACUACAGUUCUCCUACCAUGGGCUCUAUAUCAAAGCUACGGCGAUAAAGAAAUCCUCCGUUGUCAAUACUCUAGCAUGAAAGCCUGGGUCGACAUUGGUAUUCUCCGUGGACCAGAUAACCUCUGGGAAGAUACUCUCUUCCAACUAGGUGACUGGCUCGAUCCUACUGCACCACCAGAGAGCCCUGGUAACUCUCGUACAGACGGCACCCUCGUUGCAGACGCAUACCUUGUCCACGUUACACGCACGAUAGCCGAUGUCGCCAAGAUCCUCAACGAAGCUGUCGAUGCCGCACGUUACGAGAAAGACUAUAAUACUCUCAAGGCCCGAUUCCAGGAGAAGUAUGUUUCAUCAACUGGAUUCCUUGUCGGCGAUACGCAGACCGGUCUUGCGUUGGCGCUAUUCUUCAAUCUCCUCGAUGAUCCAUCUCAGAUUGCCGGUGCUGGUGCUCGUCUUGCGCGUCUGGUUCGGAAAUCCUCCUUUCAGGUCUCGACUGGUUUUGCAGGAACACCAAUCAUCUCACAUGCUCUCACCAAGGCGGGAUACCCUCAGCUGGCAUAUCGCAUGUUACAGGAGAAGUCCUGUCCCUCGUGGAUGUACCCCAUUACGAUGGGGGCGACAACUAUAUGGGAACGAUGGGAUAGUAUGCGUCCGGAUGGAAGUAUCAAUCCAGGUGAAAUGACCAGCUUCAAUCAUUAUGCGCUUGGCUCGAUCAUCAACUGGCUACAUCGUACUGUUGCAGGAGUGAGUCCGCUGGAACCGGGAUGGAAGUCUGUGCUUGUGAAGCCUGUGCCGGGUGGCACGGUAAAUUCAGCUGAAGUCAUGUAUGAUACGGCUUAUGGACGCUUGGAAUGUAGCUGGGUUCUUGGAGAUGGAAAUCAUUUCAAGUUGGAGCUUGUGGUGCCGCCGAAUUCAAGUGCGAAGGUUAUACUCCCCGGUGAGCCUGACAAUGUCGAUAUGGAACUUGAAAGAUGGGUGGGAUCUGGCAAGUAUGAAUUUGAGACCUCAUUCGAUAGUCAAGCCGGGUGGCCACCAAAGGCAUUAGUGCCUCCCAUGUGGGAUCCAGUGGAUUCAUAUGUUUAA